AUGGACGACCGCGAUUACUACGCUGAUCUAGGCCUUACGCUGUACGCCAGUAUGUCUCAGAUCAAGGCAGCCUUCCAUGCCCUCGCUAAGCAGCAUCAUCCCGACAAGUCAGGCAGCUCUGAUACCACGGCCUUUCGAUGCAUCCGAGAGGCCUUCGAAAAGCUUUCAGAUGUCGAGUUCAAGAUGGAAUACGAUCGCAACUUCCGAGGCAAGCGAAUGCAUUUCGACAGUAACGUCGGAUAUGGUCCUACCAGAACCGCCGCAUAUGAGGCUGAGGUUGCAAGCGAGGCCAAAUCCGCAAAGCAAUCGGCGGAUGAAGCAUAUGAUGAGAUGGUGAGGCGAUCUCCACCACCAAAGCCGCCGGCGCGCAAGUUCAACGAGUCCGGUCGGUCGUACUUCUUCUCCAGGGCAUACACGGCAUGGGCAAAGCGUGACACUGUCUACCGUCAGAAACACCCCACCUACGAUGAAGCGUAA